CAUUACCCUUUUCUCUGUUCACAUUUAAUACCCUCAUAUUGUUUUUGGGCGGACUCCAAGAGGAGAUUUCUUUAUAAUUAGGGGCGGACUCAACAUGCUAUUUCAAUUGGACAAAUUCAGUAGAGAAGACCGCAUUAGGAUUUCCAUCGAUAGGGACUGCAUCUUCCUCCAGAUUUCGCAGAGGCGAAGGCGAAAAUAAAUUUAUUCAUUUUCUCUCUCCCUUACUCUACAGAAUCGCUAAAACCCCACGAAGGGGAUUUUUCAAAGGCCAGUGCAUUUCGCAUGCCACAAGGUUUUGGUGGAGAGUGGCAAUUGCAUUGAAGUGGGUACUGGAGCUAUGUCACCAUCAACUAGAUCAAAGUCUAAGGAGAAGUCUGCAGGCAGGGAUCAGAAGGUGUCCCCUAAGCAGGCAUCAACAAAUGGUGGUACUGCUGCUAGUGCAUACAAUCCUGUGUCAGGCACAUUUCAUAUGCUAGACUCAGUAACAGUCUAUUCUGGGGGUUCAUCACAUAAUGUGCGGUUUAAAAACAUAGAUGACGGUGACGAGAAUUCUGGUUCUUUUGGCACUAAUACAGAUUCUGAUUCUAUUUCCAACAACGGUAGUUGCUCUGGGGAAUCAGAAGAUCAAAAGGACAAGAAUGGGACAGGCAGAUUAGAGAAUCCACCAGGUUUGAUAGGUGGAAAUGAUAAAAGGGACAAAAUUCGUCAAAAGAAUGAAAAGAAGCAUCAGCGUCAGAAAGAGAAGCGUGCACAGGAACUAAGAGAUCGAUGCACAGGCUAUCUCAUGUCUAGGAAAUUGGAAGCACUUUCUCAGCAGCUUGUAGCUAUGGGAUUUUCAUCAGAGCGGGCCACAAUGGCUCUAAUUUUGAACGAAGGCCGAGUCGAGGACUCAGUGAAUUGGCUUCUUGAAGGAGGAGAAGGUGAAAUUAAAGAAAGUACACCUGGCAAUCUUAAGAUAGAUAUAUCUGAAGAACUUGCCCAUAUUGCAGGCAUGGAAAUAAGAUUUAAAUGUCCAAGAGCCGAGGUAGAAAGAACAGUAGUUGGUUGUGAAGGUGAUUUACAAAAAGCAGCAGAAUUGUUACGAAAUCGUCUUAAAGAUGCCUGUCUUCUAAAGGACGAAGAUAAAAUUUCAUCAUUAGGCACAAAGGUCACAAAGGAUACUCAUGGGAAUUCAAAUAGACAGCCAUCCGUUCCUCCACAGGCUCCAUCUCAAAGAAACGGUCAGAGUAAAAGCCACAAUUCAGUGCCUGGUUCCCAUUCUCAGAAGCGAGAAGAGAAAGAUUAUAAUUAUGCGAAAGGCAGACCUCAAACAACUCCCUUAAGAGUUGCAGCUUCAGAGGGAACUGUAAAGAAUAUUCAGCCUUUGGGAAGAGUGCCAACAAAAGGUGACUGGCAAGGACCACAAUCACAAGCAGAUAAGAAACUGACAAGUCCUGUUUCAUGGUCAUCUUCAAUGUCAACUUCAUCUGUCCCAUAUUCUGUGACCGUCAAUCCUCAGGUCGGAACAUCCUCAAAAACUUUGCCAGCAGAAAUCAGGCACCGCACAGUCAGUUUCGAUUCCAAAUCUCUCCAGAUUGGUCCAAGAGAGCCCGUAGUUGUGAUGCAGCGUCCCCAGUCAUCUUACACAACACAGCUUCCUGUUGCCAGUGUGGGUGUUUCCUCUUCUCCUGCAUCCUCAAUAUUAUCUUCUGGUUGGAAUGGAAAUUAUAUUGAUUCAUCUGUAGCAUUGAAUUUUCAAUAUGCUAAUGGAUCUACGGGUUUGGAACACUUGAAAGGGGUUACUGUAGGGAAAGUUCCAGUGGUAAGUUCUGCUAAAGGCAUGACAGUUACAGAUGUGCAGGGUCAUUUUCAGCCAUUCCUGCCAAGUCCAGAAGAUUCCAUUGCCUCAGGCUGGGGUUCAGGACAGAUUGGAUAUGACUCUUCAGAGAUUCCUUUGCCAUCUUCAAGUUUAUUGAAUCCAAUAACUACAAAUUGUCCCACGCCAUCUUCUCUUGGGCUAUUCUCAGGAUGGAGCUCGGGGCUGUCAGGAUCAUCUGUAGAUUGGAGCAUGGGGUCUAUGGUAAAUUGUGACUACACAAAUAUUGAUUGGAGUGUUCAAGCAUCACCUAGUAGCCAACCUGAUGUCAGAUCAAAUAGGUUUUCACAUGGCCUCCCAUCCAUGGAAAAGUUAGGAGAUAACGUAAGUUCCCAAGGGAAUCUGCAACAUUUAUCGGUGGCUUCCAGUCCAUCAAGUGAUAAUAGUGGCUCUUAUGAUAUAUGGUUAGGUUCUAAGGUGAGGGAUAGUAAUUCUGGAAAUGGACUGCAAGAAAAAUCUAUAAACGAGUCUGGAAAUGCUACAUCGUCCAUUGGUGUUCACGAAUGGACAUCACCUUUUGCGGGCAAGGACUUAUUUAGUUUACCUCGACAGUUGGUCCCUACACCACCUCUGUAGAGGGUUUGAAUUUAGUAGUGGGGACUUAUAACACAACAUUGAUCCUUAAGUGAUUCUAUUUGCUGUGCGUAUGUGUGUAUGUCGGCUUCUUGCCAGUUAUGAAGAUUGUAUGUGGCAUGUUUUAUUGGUUGGUUAGCUUUUGUGGAAUAAGCAUUACAGCGUCAAUUGCAUGGAA